CGCUCCACAUGCGCAGUGACGCAUUAUUGGCUCCACCCACAAUGCAACGCAGACAAGGGAACCUCCAAGACAAGAGGAGCAAAAGCUCUAGCGUUACCAAAUUAAACUGACAUUACACCGACUCUGAGGACACCGAUUCAGCGACACUUUUUAACACGAGAUUUUUUUUUUGAAGAAGACGAAAUUCGACAGCGAUCCUGAGAGUCAGCUAUACUUUCCAGCCAUUGUCCUCGGCGGGGAGAGAGCGACGCCCUCAGGCCGCCGCUGGUACUGCAGCUGCCGCUGCGCUGUAAGUGAGACACCGGGAGUCUGAAUAAUUUAACGGUGGAAAAUGAGCUCGGAAGAGGCGGCAACCCCAACCAAAACCGGCACAGACGACGAUGGCAUGUCCUGGUGGUACCGCUGGAUCUGCAAACUGGCCGGUGUCUUGGGUGGCAUAUCAUGUGCCACAAUGGGUGUUUGGAACUGUGUGACUGUGAAUCCGUUAAACAUCGCGGCUGGAGUUUGGAUGGUGAUGACGGCGAUUGUGUUGUUCCUGUGUGAGGUGCCCUUCUGCUGUCAGUUCGUGGAGUUUGCGAAUGCUAUAGCGGCGCGUGCGGACCGUCUGAAGCCCUGGCAGAAAGCCCUGUUUUACUGCGGGAUGGCGUUGUUUCCCAUCUUUCUGAGCUUUUCCAUCACAACUCUGUUUGGUAACGCCAUCGCUUUUGCUACAGGAGUGCUGUACGGACUCGCAUCCCUUGGAAAGAAAGGUGAUGCGGUGAGCUAUGCUCGGUUGCAGCACCAAAAACAGGGCGACGAAGAGAAACUGACAGGAACGACAGACGGUUCAGUGCCGUGAACCUCCGCUGCGUCCUUCCCUCUCUUUUUCCCCCAGCGUAACCUUUGGCCUCAAAUCAGUUUGUGUAGGAUUUAUUUAAUAAAAUGGGUUUUAAGUGAAUUUUUUUCAAUUGUGCUAUAAUGCACAGUUGUUUUUUUAUUUUUUUAAGCAUUGAUUUAAUUUUCAUCUCACUUUAUAAAAACGGAUGUAUUUUAGUUUAUUUUAACCCAAAGCUGGAGUGCAAAUGAAUGCAUUAACCGUCUCCGUCUCUCGUAUCAAACCGCCUCAACACCAGCGCAGGGAAUUGGAACUUUUGGCCAUUGGGAUUCCUCCCAGAAUUCUUUGUUCUGAACAUUUGUGACACGUAAAUCUUUUAAAAACUUGUAUUUUAAUGUGUAGGCAUGGUAAAAAAAAAAACGUGUUUUGGGAAUUGCAGGGAUUAUAACAAAGUGUGUCUGUGUGUUUUUGUGCCUCUGCUAACUGGCCUUUACCCAGAAUCCUUUGCUGCAGCAUGUUUGGUGUUCGUAAGAAAAGACGUAAAUUA